UCCUUGUGCCUCUGGAGUCUUUGAAAGGUCGGUGCUGAGUGAGUAUAUGGGCCGUGUGCAAAGAUUAGUGAAUGUAGGUAGUGUAAUGAGUGAAAAGAAGCCAAUAAGUAGGCAGAGUUAAGAGAGAAUGAGCAUAUAUAGAGGAGCGUAAAUAUAGACGGGGAAGGCGCCUGGGGCCGUUGAAACAGAACACUUCACUCUAGACAGGGGGCAGAGAGAGGCUGAGGAGGUACUGAAGUACAUAGAGUUAGAUGGCUUUGUAGAAAAUCAUUCUAUACAGACAGUGGCUUUUUAGCUAGACGAGAUAUUUUUUGGGGAAAAAAGAAAGCAAUUUCUUCUAACAUGACCAAACUAGGCUGGCAGAAGUAAAUCCGACUUUUGUAAAUUUUGGAGUGAGCAAGAAACAUCUAUGGAGAGAGUUGGGAAUGAGAUGAAGGGGAGACUGCUGGACCAUUCCUCCUUGGCAACUUUAAAUGAUCCAGAUGUCACCCUGCUCUCAGUUCACAAGCGACCAUCCUUCAAGAACAUCCCUUGUUUAGGCAGCUGUUCCAAGCCAGUGCCACCUGAGGAUCACGGUUGUGUUCUACCAAAGGUGAAGGCAUUGGCUCCGGGAAUUCUGAAUGGAAUGCCAGAGACCAACUCCACUCAGAUGCUAUCUAAAGUUUCCUCUGCUGCUUCUGCUCAAGAAUUCUCAAUAAAGCAGGAAUUUGCUUUUGACAACAUAGGCUUUGAAGGCAGCUUGGAUAGUUCACCUAUGUCAUCGUCUUCAACAAGCACUAGUAUGAUCAACAUUUUGGGCAUGACAUGCCAAUCAUGUGUGAAGUCUAUAGAGGGCAAGAUUUCUAACUUGAAAGGUAUUAUGAGCAUAAAAGUUUCCCUUGAACAGAGUAAUGCCAUUGUGAAAUACAUACCACUGACCAUAAACCUACAACAGAUUUGCUAUGAAAUUGGGGAUAUGGGCUUUGAUGUUAACAUAGCAGAAGGAAAGGCUGAGCCAUGGCCCACAAAACCCUCAUCUGCUGAGGAAGCAGUGACAAAGCUUCGUGUGGAGGGCAUGACUUGCCACUCAUGUGUCAAUACUAUAGAAGGGAAGGUUGGAAAACUUCAAGGAGUUCUGAAAAUCAAAGUCUCCCUUAGCAAUCAAGAGGCUGUCAUCACUUAUCAGCCUUGUAUCAUUCAACCUGGAGACCUCAGGGACCAUAUCAAUGACAUGGGAUUUGAAGCCACCAUCAAGAGCAAAAUGGCACCAUUAAGCCUGGGAAUGAUUGAUAUUGGACGGUUACAAAGCAGCAACUCAAAGAAAAUGCCAGCUCAACUCCCCUGUAGUAAUACUGAAGCAUGGGGGGGCCAGCCCAGCCCAGCUGCUAGUCUACAGUUAGGAGUGGAAGGAAUGCACUGCAAAUCCUGUGUCUUGAAUAUUGAAGGAAAUAUAGCUGCACUACCGGGUGUGCAAAGCAUUAAAGUAUCUCUGGAAAACAAAAAUGCAGAUGUUCAAUUUGAUCCAGCCUCUGUUACCCCACUAUUCUUGAAGGAAGCCAUUGAGGCUCUUCCACCUGGGAAUUUUAAAGUCACUCUCCCUAAUGGAGUGGAAGGCAGUGGGUUGGAGAAUUCAUUAGACAGCAUGUCUUCAAGACUUCCUCUACCUACACAAUCCCACGGAACCCAAGUGCAGGGAGUGUGGAGUACUGCUAUGAUUGGCAUUGAGGGAAUGACCUGUGUUUCCUGUGUGCAGUCCAUCGAGAAUCUACUAUCCCAAAGGGAAGGGCUAGGAAAAAUUUCAGUCUCUUUAGCUGAAGGGAUUGGAACUAUCCACUAUAAUGCCUCCAAAAUAAGCCCUGAAGAGCUGAAAGCUGCAAUUGAAGACAUGGGAUUUGGGGCAUUCCUCAUAACUGAGACCAGUUCCAGAAAGCAUGUUGGAAGCUGUUGUGCUGUGGAUUCGGAUGCCCAAACAGAGCUUAAGGACUCAGUUUGUCUUCAGGAGGAAGAAGCUGAUGCGAAGGGGUAUCACAAAGCAAACAUCUUGGGCCACUCUCCCUCAGGAUACCCAGUUCACCCUAAGGCAGUGACCUCGGAGAAAUGCUUUUUACGCAUAACAGGCAUGACCUGUGCAUCCUGUGUCUCCAACAUAGAAAGAAAUCUACUGAAGGAAGAUGGUAUACUUUCAGUUCUGGUGGCUCUGAUGGCUGGAAAAGCUGAGGUCAAGUAUAAUCCACAAACCAUCCAGCCCCUUGAAAUAGCCCAGCUUGUUGAGAACUUGGGCUUUGAAGCUACGGUAAUGGAAGAUUACGCCACAUCAGAUGGCAGUAUCGAGCUGAUUGUCACAGGAAUGACCUGUGCUUCAUGUGUUCACAACAUUGAGUCCAGAUUGACCAGAACCAAGGGUAUUCUCUAUGCCUCUGUGGCCCUUGCUACUAGCAAGGCACACAUCAAGUUUGACCCUGAAAUUGUGGGUCCUCGGGAUAUUAUAAAAAUUAUUGAGGGAAUUGGCUUUCAUGCUUCCUUGGCUCAGAAAAACCCCAGUGCUCACCAUUUGGAUCACAAGAUGGAAAUCAAACAAUGGAAGAAGUCUUUCCUGUGCAGUCUGGUGUUUGGCAUCCCUGUCUUGUGCUUGAUGAUUUACAUGUUAGUACCCAGCAGUCAGCCUCAUGAGUCCAUGGUGUUGGAGUACAACCUCAUCCCUGGAUUAUCCAUCCUGAAUCUCAUCUUCUUUGUCCUGUGCACUUUUGUCCAGUUCCUAGGUGGGUGGUAUUUCUAUGUCCAGGCCUACAAAUCAUUGAAACACAAGACCGCCAACAUGGAUGUGCUCAUUGUAUUGGCCACAAGCAUUGCUUAUGCCUAUUCUCUUGUGAUCCUGGUGGUGGCCAUUGCUGAGAAGGCAGAGAAGAGUCCUGUCACCUUCUUUGAUACACCUCCCAUGCUUUUUGUGUUCAUUGCACUGGGGAGGUGGUUGGAACAUGUGGCAAAGAGCAAAACAUCUGAAGCCCUUGCGAAACUAAUGUCUCUUCAAGCCACAGAAGCUACUGUUGUGACAUUAGGCGAUGACAAUCUCAUCCUCAGGGAGGAGCAAGUGCCCAUGGAGCUGGUUCAGCGGAAUGAUGUGAUCAAGGUAGUACCUGGGGGAAAGUUCCCAGUAGAUGGAAAAGUCCUAGAAGGCAGCACCAUGGCAGAUGAGUCCCUCAUCACAGGAGAAGCUAUGCCAGUCACUAAGAAGCCAGGGAGCACGGUGAUUGCUGGCUCAAUCAAUGCACAUGGCUCAGUGCUAGUUACUGCCACUCAUGUUGGGGCUGACACCACGUUAGCACAGAUUGUGAAACUGGUAGAGGAGGCUCAGAUGUCAAAGGCACCCAUUCAGCAACUGGCUGACAAAUUUAGUGGAUACUUUGUCCCAUUCAUCAUCAUCAUUUCAACUGUGACGUUGGUGGUAUGGAUUGUAAUUGGUUUUAUCGAUUUUGGUGUUGUUCAGAAAUACUUUGCUAAUGCUAACAAACAUAUCUCUCAGGCAGAAGUGAUCAUUCGGUUUGCAUUUCAGACGUCCAUCACGGUACUGUGCAUUGCCUGUCCUUGCUCUCUGGGCUUGGCUACACCAACAGCAGUAAUGGUUGGAACAGGGGUGGCUGCCCAAAAUGGGAUUCUCAUCAAAGGAGGAAAGCCUCUCGAAAUGGCACACAGGAUCAAGACGGUGAUGUUUGACAAGACUGGGACCAUCACCUAUGGUGUCCCCAAAGUCAUGAGAGUUCUUCUGCUGGUUGACAUGGUUUCCCUACCACUGAGGAAGGUUCUGGCUGUGGUUGGCACUGCUGAAGCUAGCAGUGAGCAUCCCCUGGGUGUGGCUGUCACUAAGUACUGUAAAGAGGAACUUGGAACUGAAACCCUGGGGUACUGCAUGGACUUCCAAGCUGUCCCUGGGUGUGGAAUUGGCUGUAAAGUCAGCAAUGUUGAAGCCAUCCUGGCCCAGAGCAAACACCCCGUAAAUGAGCAGAAUAGUCAUCUGAAUGGUGUUGGCAGCCUUCCUGCUGAAAAAGGUGCAGCAGCGCCCCAGACCUACUCUGUGCUGAUUGGGAACCGGGAAUGGAUGCGUCGAAAUGGUUUAACUAUAUCCGCUGAUGUCAGUGAUGCCAUGACAAGCCACGAAAUGAAGGGGCAGACUGCCAUACUGGUGGCUAUUGAUGGUGUGCUCUGUGGGAUGGUGGCCAUAGCGGAUUCUGUCAAGCAGGAGGCAGCACUGGCUGUCCAUACCCUCAAAAGUAUGGGUGUGGAUGUGGUUCUGAUAACAGGGGACAACAGGAAAACCGCAAAAGCCAUCGCCACACAGGUGGGUAUUAACAAAGUAUUUGCAGAAGUCCUCCCCUCUCACAAGGUGGCAAAGGUCCAGGAGCUUCAAAACCAAGGGAAUAAAGUGGCCAUGGUAGGAGAUGGAGUGAAUGACUCUCCAGCCUUGGCAAGGGCUGACGUCGGUAUUGCCAUUGGGACGGGGACAGAUGUAGCUAUUGAAGCUGCCGAUGUUGUCCUCAUUAGGAAUGAUUUGCUAGAUGUGGUUGCUAGCAUUCAUCUUUCCAAGAGGACUGUCCGGAGAAUACGAAUAAAUCUUGUCUUGGCCUUAAUUUAUAACCUCGUUGGGAUACCCAUUGCAGCAGGUGUGUUCAUGCCCAUUGGCAUUGUGCUGCAGCCCUGGAUGGGAUCCGCUGCCAUGGCCGCCUCCUCCGUGUCUGUGGUACUUUCCUCACUACAGCUGAAGUUUUACAAGAAACCAGAUAUGGAAAAGUAUGAAGCCCAAGCCCAUGGGCACAUGAAACCCCUUAAUCCAUCCCAGGUCAGUAUUCACAUUGGGAUGGAUGACUGGCGGUGGGACAACAAGGCCACCUCAUGGGAUCAGGUCAGCCAAGUGUCACUGUCCUCCUUGACAUCAGAUAGGUUGUCUCGGCACAGCACCCUGAUAGAGGAUGGAGGGGACAAAUGGUCACUACUUGAUCGGGAUGCAGAACAGUCCAUCUGAAAGGCAGCAGCCAUCACAGAACAUUAGCAGUAGGAUCAGGGUGCCAUGUUGCCUAGAGGAGCAGUAAGUUCCCCUAUACACAAAAGGAGAUGGGGAGGAAUUCUUUUGCUUCAGCUCAGUUAAACAACUAUAGCAUCACUUUUCCUUUGUUGGGAUGAAUGAAAUCUUCUCUGGCAUUGGGAGCAAUUCUGAUAUACUUAUUCUUGACCAGGGUAACCUGUGGCUAUUCCCAGAAACUAUUUUAGGCCUAGGAAAAAGAGUUCUGGCCCACAGCAACCAUCUUCAACACUGGUUUGGAAUACACAUGGAGAAAAGCUUCAGCCUCCACCAUUUUAUCAAUUCUUUGCUUUUGGAGAAGGAAAAAAAUCCCCUCUAAAGGCGGAGGAAUGCCAGUGUCCCUCACGGUUUCCCUUUUACCAUAUGGGAUGAAUAGUAAUAGUGAAAUGUGGGAAAUCACCCUAGGACUAAAAAGCUGGCUUAGCUUUUCUGUAGAGUCCAUGUGAAAACUUCCUAUCAUUGUUUUUAUUAAUGCAAGUCUUUACAUUUAUCAUAUUGUUGAGAUCACGGUUUACCUCAAAGUGCCAUUCUCUUACAGCAUACGACCUCUUUUUCAGUUUUCAUCUUUCCUCCUCCUCUUCCCAACAUCCCUUUCCCCUCUCCAGGACCCUUCCCCUGGCCCCCCCACCCUUAUGCUUGUAUUCCCUUAAUUUGUGGUCAUGGUCCUUUGGCCCUUUAUUAUCCACCUCUGGAAUCCCUCUAUCUGCUACAGUCUGUUCUGCUUCCUUUCCAAUGUUUCUCCACUCUGACUUGACUUGUGCACUUCCUGGCUGAGGUGGUGCAUCCGUACAUAUGUGCCAGAUGGCUCACCAUCUAUCUUUGUGUGAUGAGGAAUGCUUUUGUCACCCAAGGCCUCUCAGUCAUUGCUUCUCACUGCAGAGGAAUGGGGUGCACUGUUCUGCACCAGCUGCUGCUGCUGGGAGCCUGAGAUUUAAGAGCAGAUUAAAACCCUCUCUUCUUAGAGGUUGUGGGGCCCCAGCAAAAGGGGACAGCAGUGCCACUCUGCUAAGCACAGGGUGCUGUUCAGGUGUUUGUGAUUGGCAAGCAGGGGGCUGGGGAGGGAGGAAGAAAUGAGGAGUGUUUUCUUUUGAAAGCAAUCACUCAAACAGGAUUGUUUAGGAAACCUUAGUAAAUCAAAGCCUCCUCAGCUAAUUCAUGACCUUCUGUAGACCUAUGUGAGCCUUGUAAAAAAUAGGGAGGAAGUAUUUGGGGGGAGUCGAAGGGGGACAACUGGACCCUCUCAAAUGAAAGAUGCAUAUUUUUUAUGUUCAUCAGCUCCUUGCAAAUGGCAUCCACAUCAAGAAGGCAGAUAGAUCUUGUUUUAUUGUCUUAAGUUAAUUUGCUUCAGUUGAUAAUUGAAGGGACCAUAUGGAAAUGGGCUGGUGGAAGGACUCCACCGGCUGAAGUAGUUAAGUGAACCCUUUAGACAGUGAGGUUAGAGGAUUUGUGAGGACAAAGAGGCCGUGCCUGAUAGAUAUUGUGCUAUUUCAAGCAAUGAUCAAUAUUUGCCAGCAAAAAAUAUUUUUAAAUGAAAAAAAAAUUUUACACCCUAGUUUCUGGGGAUACGUGCGCUAUAUAAAUAAAAGUUUGUUGCACUGACAUUAAAUGGAGUUCAAUAAUGAGGGGAAGGUUAAUUUUUCCACAUUAUGGGGCUAUUUUAUUUUCCUGGAGUUUUUUCCUCUGAAAUCCAGAAUUCUAUUUUCUUACCUGUCCCUUUUACCCUUUUCUUUGUUUUCCUUCUUUUCUAUUGGUUUUCCUCAGUAAAAUUUCCAUUUUUCUAGGUUAAUAACAACAUAAAGAUAAUUUUGUUGAUUUUUAAAAAGCUUUAAAAACCUUAAAUGCCAUGUUUAUAUACUACAUGAAAAUAUUUGUGUAAUUGUAAAGAAAAAAACCUCAUAAAUGUGCAAUAGUUGAAGGAUUUAUUUUGGAACUGAUAGAAUGUUUACUAUUUUUGAAAUACUUCUUAUACAACCUUAAAAUAAAGUUGUUACCUUUUAUCCA